CCGCUGGUGACUUUCGGAGAGAAGUUGGUUCUGACUAAUUUUGACGUCCUGAUUCCAUUUUUGAGGCCAGUUUCCUCAAAUUUGGAUUGUUUGGUAUUGGUUGAUUGCUGCUUGAGUGGAACUAUGACUACCUUGAAGUUUGAAGUUCCGUUAUUUGAUGGAAGAGCGGACUUCAUGUUGUGGCAAUGCACGAUUCAAGACUAUUUGGUCCAGCAAGGUCUUGAUUUAGCAUUGCAAGAUGANGAAACGUUGGAGAGCAAGUUUGCGUCGAAGACACUUACUAACCGGUUGAUGAUGAGGAUGGACUUGUACUCACUGAAGAUGGAAGAGGGAGGUAGCGUAAUUGAUCACAUCAACAAGUUUAAUGAGCAAGUAUCAAGGCUGUUAAAUGCAGGGGAGACUAUCAAGGAUGAAGAGCAAGGGCUGCUUCUACUGGCUUCACUACCAAAAUCCUUUAAGCCGUUUGUGCAGUCAAUGAUAGCAGGAAGGACUACACUGCGACUAGAUGAGGUGACGGCUGCCUUGAAGGAGAGUCAAAGGAUGAUGGGAGGUGAAGAGUCUUCCGGGGACAGUCAUUUACUAGCUGCUGUGAGUGUUGAGAAAGAGAGGAAGAAGAAGAGUGACCAACUUUGGAGAAGAUCUCAGCUGAGAGACAUGAGCACUGUUAGGUGCUAUUACUGUGAAAAGUUGGGUCACACGAAGAACGGUUAUCCAGAACUCAAGGAGGACUUGCAGAUCCUAAAGGAGAAGAAGGGCAAAUCGAAGGAAGCUUCUUCCGCAAAUGUGAUCACUUAUGAAGAUGAUCUCUUCUGGAGAUAAGAGUACUGCUGGACAGAAGAUUCUGCAGGAUGGGAGUAUCGCUGCAGAAAUCACAAAUGAUGUAGGACUUUGAAUUAAGGGGAGAUUUGUUG